AGUCCCUACUUCAAGAGCAUGUUCUCGGAGAACUGGCGGGAGGCGCGGGAGAACGAGAUCAGCAUAGAGAUCGUCGACCCCAACAUCACCAUGGCCGGGCUGGAAACGGCGCUGGGCUCGCUGUACCAUGACGAGGUGCAGCUGCAACCGGCCGACGUCGUGAGCGUGGUGGCGGCGGCGGCACUGUUCCAGCUGGACGGCCUGCUGACCCAGUGCGGGGAGGUGAUGAUGUCCUGCGUCAAUGUUCAGACAGCCAUCGUAUUCCUGGAGGCGGCCACGGCGUACAGCCUGCGCCCCGUCCAACUUCGCUGCCAGCGCUGGCUGGAGACCAACCUCAUGACGCACGUCAACGACCAGCCGUCGGUGCUGCGGCAGGUCAGCCCGGCGGUGCUGAGCUCUCUGGUCGCCUCGCCUGCGCUGGUGGUGCACCAGACGGAGUUCUCGCUGUACGUGGUGCUGAAGGUGUGGCUGUUUCUGCGCCUCUGCGCGGACUGGGAAGGCGGUGGCAGUGCCGCCGUCGUUGCCGCUCACAAGUUCUUCCAGCAGCGGGCCGCGGAGGAGCCCCUGCUGGACUCGGAGGAGGCCGGCGCGCUGGCGGCGCCGUUCCGGGCGCUGCGGCACCAGCACCUGGUGCUGCACCCGCUCGACUUCGAGGUCCUCCACGCCGACAACAUCAUCCCGCCCGGCUGGCUGGCCGGCCUCUAUCGCCACCAGUGGCUGACGCUGCUGCGACUCGACCAGGGAUUGGUCGAGCCUGGCUGGAGCCGUGACGUCACCGAGGCACAGUUUGACGCAUGCGCAUUGCGCUGCGGCCGCACGCUGAAGGACCGACAGAAGGUCACCUGGCGGGUGACGGCCGUCUGCCUGGACGAGCAGCGCUCCCCCCGUCACACGCAGAGCAGCGGCUUGACGGCCGUCCAGCUGGCGCGCGGCCAGGAGGUGCGCGUGCUCACGCUGGACGAGGCGGCCACGUACCCGCUGUUGCUGCUGGCGAAGCUCAGCAGCAACAGCUAG